AUUACCAGGGUGCACCCAUAAGCUGAUUAAGGGCAUUGCGAGUCCAGAUUUUAUUAUACACGUCCGUGGUUAGAACAUGAAAUGUCGAUGUGCGUGUACACAGCUCGGAAUCUCGUGCGCCAGGUAGUGCGGUCAGUCAGUCCACCUGGGCUAGGCCUGACUGAACAAUUGUGUAGCUCAAGCGAAGAAACCACACAGACAACAAGGGGGCGCGAUACUACAUUCCGAACCGCUUGGGGCCUUUCCUUUCCUCAUUUUGACACCAAAUUUAGGAAAGUUGGAAGUGGAGCUCUCUCUCAGUGAAGAAUUUAGGAGCCAGGGUGAAAUGUGAUGUGAAAUUUACCAUGGACUUUGUACACAGAAGUACAUCGUACAAAGGACAGAAUGUUUCCUUUUCCAGGAAGUCUCUUGCUUUGGGGAAGGUCUAUUAAUGUACAAUUAACUUAUGCAUACAGCUCAGAGCAUCUCUGGUUUUAUUUCCAUUGAAUAUACUUCAACCCAUACAGCAUCUUCGAUGUGAAAAAUGCAAUAAAAUCGCCUGGCAAUCGAAAGAAGAUUAAAAAAUUGGUAUCAGGAUUAAUCAAUGAGUCAUAAUUAUGCAAAAACUUAAUUAAUUUACAUAUAAUUUAACUCAGAUGAUUAGUAACUAUGUAUGCCUCUAUAGCACUGCGAAAUUUCAUUGAAACAGAUCAUAGUAUGGCUGAGAUCUGAGGGGGCAGAUUCCGCCCUCCCGGCUGUGACAAGGCCUCCCAAAAAACAGUUCUUUUAGGGUUAAAAAUGUGACGUCUCUGGACUUUGAAAAAUUGUCAUUUUACGGUUUUCAGUUUCAAAAUAAAACUUAAAAGAGAAAUUUGUUGAAGAUGAUUGGUUACGUACAAGAACUUGACCCCUUGUUUUUUUAUUUAAUCAGCAGGAAAAUUAUACCAUCCACCAUAAAGGGUGUAAAUCAAGCCACGUUUCCAAUGUAAAGAUGUCUUCACGGGGUACCAAAAGGAAACGAAAUAGUAGCUCGAAAGGCUUGGAUCGGAAUAAACCACCUACGAAGAAACGUCAAGAAAAUGUCCAGGGUUCGAGCAAUUCCAAGAACUUCAAGGUUGAAAACUUCAAGAUAUUUAAUGACCCAGUCCACGGUCAGAUCAAGGUACAUCCGCUUUGUGUCAAGAUCAUCGAUACUCCACAGUUCCAGAGACUGCGUUACAUCAAACAGCUAGGCCUUUGCUACCUUGUCUUCCCUGGUGCAGCACACAAUAGAUUUGAGCAUUCAAUAGGAGUGUAUCACCUGGCUGGAAAAUACUGUCGGACACUGCAGACGCAAAAGCCAAAGCUUGGUAUCUAUGAGAAGGAUGUCCUGUGUGUUCAGAUAGCUGGUCUUUGCCAUGACCUAGGUCACGGCCCAUUCUCCCACGUGUUUGACAACAUGCUCAUUCCUAAACUUCCAUCAAAUUCAGAAAGCAAAUGGACGCAUGAGAAGGCUUCACUGGAGAUGUUUGAUCAUCUGAUCGAUUCCAAUGAUCUGAAGGGCGACUUUAAGAAAUAUCGUUUGACAGAUAGGGACAUCACAUUCAUUAAGGAAUUGAUUGAUCCACCACAGGAAAAAAAUGGGAAGAGGACAUUGGAUGGACGCACAAAGGAAAAGCACUUCUUGUACGAUAUCGUGGCCAACAAGAGUAAUGGCAUCGACGUGGACAAGUGGGACUACUUCCUGCGAGACUGCCACAACCUGGGCAUCUCCAGCAGCUUUGACUGUCAUCGCUUCAUGGAGUGCUCCAGGGUCAUCGAGGUGGAUCACAAGAAGCAGAUAUGUUUCAGGGAUAAGGAAGUGGAAAAUUUAUAUGACAUGUUCUACACACGAAUGAGUCUCCAUCGCCGAGCAUACCAACACAAGACCACCAAGAUCAUUGAAGAAAUGCUUGUUGAAGCACUUAUAAAGGCCAAUAAGUAUUUGACGUUCAAAGGACGAGAUGAUAAAGAUAAGAGAAUGUCUGACGCCAUUCACGACAUGGUUGCCUACACCAAGAUGACAGAUGACAUCAUACAACAGAUCAUGCGCUCUAAUAACAAAAAUUUGAAGCCGUCCCAGGAUAUCCUAAAGCGGAUCGAAAGACGUCAGCUGUACAAAUAUAUCGGCAAGAUGGAUCCUAAAGAGAAGAUUGUCAAGACAAUAGAAGAAGAAGUAAGAGACGGGAAGAAUAAAAUUGCAAAGAAAGAAGGCUCUGCCCUGAAAAAAGAUGAUAUCAUCGAUGUAAGUGUUGUUUUCGUUAACGAGCUUGACAAGUAUAGAGUGCCAAAGUAUGACGUCAAUUUAAAAGAGGAAGUGUAGUGCAAGCAUAAUCGCGUGUGUGUUGGGUCACGCGCAGGUUCUCGCUCUAAGGCAUUUUUUUCACUCAUAAUUGUGAGCGUGACGUAAUUACUUCAGUACUAGUAUAAAUUUUCUUUUUUUUCAAAUAAUGGGGGAAGAAUGUAUCUAGGGUAUUCCAUUUUAUGUCAGACAUCAGGUCAGACAAAUAUCAUGGAUUCACGACAUCGCCACUAUGAAGUAAUGAAUUGAUAACAUUUCAGUGAUCUUGCUUCGAAAGGGCAUGUCGAUUACCUUUGAACAUGAUUUAUCAUAACAUUUAGUGCAUCUGUUGUAUGACUGUAAUUGAAGUUUGGUCCAAGCUUAUCAAGUUUAAAUUCCUUGGCAACUGUGUUACGAUGAUCCCCUAUAGCUAAGGAAUAAAUCCUCCAAAAAGAAUCGAAACAAAGUAGACAGUUCUCACAUUCAUCAGUCAAUCAAUUAAUAUAUUUUAACACUCACAAUUCAAAAUGAAAUGACAGAAACAAGAUACUUGUAAUAAUAGGCCUAUAUAUAUAAAAAAAGCCAAUAAUAAACGAAUACGACGUAGUUUACUGGUAUGAUAUAUGAGAUGGCGGGGCGAGCAGGGCCGAAAUCAACGAGAGAAAGUUCAGUGUUCUGUUCUCGAAUCGUGACGAUGAAAAACAACAACCAGAAGGAGAAAACGGGUGAUCAAGUACGGCUAGCACGUCGCACUACGAUGAGCCUCACACACGUAGGACGGGUCAAUCCCCCAAUCACAAUGGUCUGAAUCAGCGGGCGCCAAUCCAAAGUGCGACGAAGCCGCAAGACCGGUGUGGCGGUCUCAGCUGUCUCCCGGUCUCAGCGGUCCCCCUGACGUAGCCAGACAUUUAUUUACGACACACGCACGGUCUCAUUGGUCUUCCGUGCUGAGAUGCUACAAUCUUUGGUAUAGACCUAUGUACAGUACACGUCACGUACAACGUGAAGCAUGCAUGGACUGCACUGCUCAGCACGCCACGUAAACGGACAACUUUUCCGAUGUUGUGGGCAGAUAUGGCAUGACGUAUUUUUACCGUUGAGACCGGGAGAGAGCUGAGACCGCCACACCGGGACCGGACAGCACUGUAGAGGUGCAAACUCCUAAUAUUUAGUUCCAAAGCUGCUACCUGCAUCGCUCCAAGCGACAUCCUGGGACCUUCAGACAACAGGCUCCCAGUUCCGGUCCCCCAAGCGCGUGCCCCACACUCUAAAAAGGAUAAGUCAAAUUUGACUUGAAUUCAGUAAAGUUUGAUUCGCUCUUCAGGGUCAGCUGGGUGCAACUGGAAAUUAGUCAAUCUGACCAGACGUUUUUAGUCAGUUCAUUGAUAUUUCAAAGGCAUCGAAUAGGAAUCUUAUCAGAAAGCAUGAUUUGACAACGUUAGCGUGGAUGUUUUACUGAAUCAGUAGUCAAUUUUGAACAGCAAAGGUUGUUUUAGAAGUGCAGGGGAACUGACUCCCCAAAACAGCCGGCAGUGGGCACUCGUAUUAUCGUGGAGAUCACCGGCCCUUUCUGGUCUAAUUGUGAGGGACGAAUGCACGCCCCAAAGUCCGUCAAUUCAAUUUCUACGAACAUACCAUCAAUUCCAACCACUUCUCCAAAGUUCGACAAUUGCUUUUGUGAAUGUUCACUGGGUAUUCAACUGCUCACCCCAAAUGGGUCAAUCUGCUGGCCACUGUACAUUAAAACUUUCAGAAAUGUACCAGUGUCGAAUCAUGGAGGAAGGACACAAAAGGAGUUUGAACUGCCGGGGCUAUAACAUCUGGCCAAAUACCGCUUUCUGGCAUACCCGGUAUGUCCGUAGCCAGAGCGCAACGCACGCCUGCUACUCACCACCUGUUUAGCAACCAUAAGCCCUCUUUCUACCCUAAGAUCGUCGCCGCUUUUUUUCGUUGGUAAUCUGCAUCCCUAAAACGUUGUGUACUGCAGUACAGGAAGUUGAGUAUCCAUGCCAUCGUUGGUGCUUGAUAUGAUCCGACAACAUCAAAUUUAGUGCUUGCGUAGUUGCUUUUACUAGGAUGUGUACCCGAAGUGUUCAUGUGCAGUUGUUGCUUUUAUCGAACGCUUUCUUCUAAACUUCUUUUAGGAAUAAA